UGAAAUAAAAGUUUGUAAGAGGCGCGUGUUGACCGAGUAUAACGUCGAAAUGUUUUAAAUCGAAACGUACAUUUGAUUACAUUACAUUUUAUUUGGUGUAUGUGACUUUACUAGAGGUUGGAGUAAAUGAUGGAAGUGUUUAGACUACCAGAAGAAGUGUGGGUCCACGUGUUUCAUUUCCUUUCCACUCCUGACAAAUUAAGUGUUCGCUCUAGCUGUAGAUUUUUUAUGAGGCUGAUCGAUCGCCCUGUUUUGUGGAAGAACAAAACGCUGUAUAUUGAAAAAAUCAACUCAUUCACGUCUCAUUCCUGGAGUACACUCAGCAACAGGAAGAUAAGGUCGGUUGUGGUGCUGAAGACGCGAGGAAAAGAGUGGAGGCAGCUCGCGGUGCGGCUUCCAUGGCUUCAGUCAGUUACUGUGGAUGUGUGCUGUGCCAGUACUCUUAAUUCACUUAGUGACUUUAAAAAUCUAACGCGACUUGUUCUUCGGCGGUGUAUCUGUCCAAGUUUAACAUCACUGUCAGCACUGCGCGAGCUGUCGCAUCUCAGCCUGUGUGAGGUGGUCUGUGCUUCACCGUCGGACAUUAUAAAUGCUCUUUCCCAGCUUACUAAUCUGACUUCACUUCAUUACCAUGCAUGCAGCAAGACCAUUCCUACAGCAGCAUUUCCCUAUCUAUUACAACGCCUGCCAAAAUUAAAACACCUCUCUUUAAAUAUGGAAUCAAAUCAAGGCCCUGUCUCCAAAGAUGCCCUCUUCUUUCCACAAGCAAACCUCCACGUGCCCGAUGGUCCACAGUGCAGCGUGCCAGCAUUGAUCAGCCUGGAAUUGCUGAACUACAUGGACCCCAUUCUCUCUCCUGUGGCCUUGCAGGGUCUUCCUUCCCUCAAAUUCCUGACGGUUCAAUAUAGAGACUGGUCUCUGGAACCACAGCUCUGCCACCUUAAAACAUGGUUAUCUAAAAUGCCUCUCCUCUCAGAGUUAAAUAUUUCAUUGGGAUAUCAGCUUGGUGUCUAUGCUAACUCAGUGCCUCCAACUGUGUAUCGCUUGUCCCUCAAAGGAGUAAUGGCAGAGUUUAAAGCCUUGAGGGACUUGGCCCAAAGCGUGCCAGAUCUCCUGCACCUGCACUUAGACCUAUGUUUCCAUAACAAGCAAAGCCUCAUUGCUGAGAUCCCUCACCUUUUCCCCAAGCUGCAGAGCCUGGCAAUAAGACAUUACCAGCUUCCUGUGGAGGAGUUCCUUGGACUUGCACAGUUGUCUCAUCUUAAGCAUUUGGUGAUUCUGGAUCCUACUGCAAGACCAAAUUCAGAAUUAAUGGAUUUGACACGGAAAAUGCAAAUUCAGACCAACUACAGAGUUAAUGUUGUUAAUUUUUCGGGACCAAGAGACCCAAGUGCUUGUUUUUAUGCCAAUUACUGAUAUUCAUCCUGUACAGCAGGUCUGUAUACAUUACAAAUACAUGUUCAGCUCCUAAUGAAAGUCUACCACCACAGAAAAGAGGAACAUAUUUAGACAGAAAAGCAAAGUGUUACUUGAUGAAGCUAUGUUUUUCUGAUUAAAUAUGUUCCUCUCUCCCAUAGUGGUAUACUUCCACCCGGUGCCACUGUAUUCAUACAAAAAAGUGUCAUGAUGUUAAUUUAUUUUCUAUGAAUUCAGAUUGUACCUUAUAUUAAUCCGCCAGAGGCAAUAGAGUAGUAUUUGCAAGAUGAUACAUGGUUAUAAUUGUAUUGAUAUGAUUUGUGCUGUUAGAGAACAUCUGUCAUGAAUAUGCUGGUUAAUUGCUUAGAAUGAAUUUAGACUGUAUGCUAGGAGUCUUUUUAUAAUAAUGACUCCUCAGAUUUAUGUUAAUGACACUCUUAAGGCUUUUCUAUUGCUCUCCAAUGAACUGAAAUGGAAUGGAAUGAAUUAACAUAAUAUGUCUGUUAGAAAACAUGCCUAAACAAACAGGAUCAUGAAGACCAUGGAACAAGCCUGUUACUUUCCCUGUUCUAAUGGAUUUAAUGCUGCUUUUAAGGAUGUUAAAUGUUUUGGAGUUUUAGAUGACCAAACCAUGAUACCUUUCCAGAAGAUUGUCCCAGACCUGGUUUGUUUGACUGAUAUUUGAGGGGAGAUCCAAAAAAGUCCUGAAAUUCGUAUGUGGCAUACUUGUGACUUAGUUACAGGCUUUGCUGCUAUGUAGUAAACUCUUACAGUCCUGGUGAAUCAGUCAUCCGGGUGGCAUCAUACCCAUAUCACACAUUUGGGUAUGAUGUGGUUGUGGUAUUUGUGUUUUUUUUGUUGUUUUUUUUCAGGUCAGACAUAUGAAUUUUUUUUUUUAAAGAAUAUGUUGAUAUUCAUUGUUUUUUUGUCAUUAACUGACUCAUCUGAGGCAAAGCAUCAGGAAAAACUAGACCUGGAUCCCACCCAGACCUGGAUCUUGUGUAACUGCCAUAAUCCACACAUGCACACUGCAUUGUUAUCCAAGGAGUUAUUAAAGAGAAACAAUGUGGUUAUUGCUUCACAUCCACCAUAUUUGCCAGAUCUUGCACUUUCUUUUGGCAACUUAAAAAAUUUGUUUUAUAAUUUCUAUAAUAUCUUUAAUAUUGAAAAAAAAAAACAUCGCCAAAUUCAAGUGCACAACCUUAGUAAAAAAAAAAAUGGCAAAAAUACCAUGUCUUGACAGUAUGAUUCUGCUCAGGAGACUGACUCGCCAGAUUGUGAGCCAAGUUAAAUAAUGAAUUUGAAAAAUAAUAAUAAAUAUUAACUAGUAUCCACUGAUCUGUGCUAUACAUGUUUUUUUUCUGGAUCAUUUCAAAUUUGGAAUUUAUUUGGAAUUUUAUUUGGAAUAAAAUAAAAGUGCCUACAAUGGCCAUGAGCAUCAGAAUUGGACCAUGGAGCAAUGUAAGAAAGUGGUGCCUGGUCUGAUGAAACACAUUUUCUUUUCAUGCUGAUGGACUAGUACAUAUGCAUCCAUUACCUGGAGAACAGAUGGCAGCAGGAUGCACUUCAGAAGAAGGCAAGUCAACAGAAGCAGUGAGAUGCACUGGGCAGUGUUCUGCCUGGAGACUUUUGGUCCUGUCAUUCAUGUGGAUGGGACUUUGAAACGCACAAACUCCCUAAACGUUGUUGCAGACCAAGUACACCUCAUCAUAGCAACGGUUAUUACUUAUGGCAGUGAUCUCUUUCACCAGAAUAAUGCACCCUGCCAGACUCCAAAAAUUGUUCAGAAACAUUGAGGAACAUGACAGUGAUUUCAAGUUGUUGACCUCCAAGUUCUCCAGAUCUCAAUCCAUUCAAGCACCUAUGAGACAUGCUGGAUAAACAAAUCUGAUCCAUGGAGGCUACACCAUACCACCUUGCGUUAUCUUCUGCUUAUGUCUUGGUGCCAGAUACCACAGCACACUUUAAAGGGUCUUGUGUUUUGGUGGCACAAGUGUAUGCAGGUGGUUUUAAGGUUAUGCCUAAUCUGUGUAUUAAGCACAUCAUCAAAAUGCUAAGACAUAGAGUAUGUUGUAUAAACAAAGUUACUGCCACAUGAUAAAAUUGACUACUG